CCGCUGCCCCUGCGCAACCCGUCCGCUGCUCCGCCUUCUUUCCUUCUUUGACCCCACGCCACGCCGCACCCGAUCCCCGCCCGCACGACUUCCCCUUUCGUCUCGGACUCUCGGGUCCGCCCGGGCGCCCUAAUAAAACCCAACCCCCCUCGUCCAACAUUCCGAUCUCGUCUCCUCUGCUCGCCGAAACAAAACGAGCCAACGAGACCGGAUCAAAAGAAGGAGACAGCAACAGCCAACGGCCUGUUCCGCUACGGAGUAGGGUAGGCCGGGGGGCGCCCGCGAUGGGGCCGGACGGCGGAGGGGUGAUCGGGGCCGUGGUCUACGGGGCGCUGGCGGUGCUGGCGGUGCGGCUGGUGCUGUCGUACAAGUCGGCGGCGCACGCGCUGCGGCGGGCGUGGCGGUGGGCGGACGAGCGGGCGCAGGCGUACCAGCACUACGAGGUGCCGCGCCUCGCCGCGGACGGCGCGGAGAACCCGCUGUUCCGGAAGGCGGCGGCGUACGUGGCGUCGCUGCCGUCGCUCGAGGACGCGGACGCCGCCUGCGUGCUCUCGUCGGCGGCCAAGAGCAACGGCUUCGCGCUGCGCCUGGGGCCGGGCCACGCCGCGCGGGACGCGUUCCUCGGCGCCCGCCUCGCGUGGACCAGCGCCGGCGCCGACCGCCUCGUGCUGCGCGUGCGCCGCCACGACCGCACCCGCGUGCUGCGCCCCUACCUGCAGCACCUCGAGUCCGUCGCCGACGAGAUGGAGGCGCGCCGCCGCGAGCUGCGGCUCUACGCCAGCGCCAGCGGAGCCGGUUCCUCGCCGGCGCCGCGGUGGACGUCCGCGCCCUUCACCCACCCGGCCACGCUCGACACGGUGGCCAUGGACCCCGAGCUCAAGGCGCGCGUCCGCGCCGACCUGGAGAGCUUCCUCAAGGGCCGCGGCUACUACCACCGCCUCGGCCGCGUCUGGCGCAGGAGCUACCUGCUCUACGGCGCUCCCGGCACGGGCAAGUCCACGUUCGCCGCAGCGAUGGCGAGGUUCCUGGGAUACGACGUCUACGACGUGGACCUGUCCCGCGCCGGCGUCGGCGACGACCUCCGCGCCCUGCUUCUGGACACCACCCCGCGGUCGCUCAUCCUCGUGGAGGACCUCGACCGCUACCUUCGCGGCGGCGGGGACGGCGAGACGGCGGCGGCGAGGACGGCGCGCGUGCUCGGCUUCAUGGACGGGGUCUCCUCGUGCUGCGGCGAGGAGCGCGUGAUGGUGUUCACCAUGAGCGGAGGCAAGGACGGCGUGGACCCGGCGGUGCUGCGGCCGGGGCGGCUCGACGUGCACAUCCACUUCACCAUGUGCGACUUCGAGGCCUUCAAGGCGCUGGCGAGCAGCUACCUGGGGCUCAAGGACCACAAGCUGUACCCGCAGGUGGAGGAGGGGUUCCAGGCCGGCGCCCGCCUCAGCCCCGCCGAGCUCGGCGAGAUCAUGCUCGCCAACCGCGGGUCCCCGAGCCGCGCGCUCCGCACCGUCAUCAGCGCGCUGCAGCACGUGGCGCCGUCAGCGCCGCCAGCUGCGCAGCCGCAGCGGACCCUCGCCGCGGCACGGCCGCCGAGACUGACGUCGAGAUGGUCGGGGCACUUCGACGAGGCCAGCGGGAGCGCGGGUGGUUUCGCCAAGGACGCACCGAUCAGGGAGAUCAAGAAGCUGUACGGUCUGAUCAAGUACCGGAGCCGCAAGGACGCCGGCGUCGUGCCGGUGGACGACAGCGCGGCGUCGCAGAACGGGCGGGGCAGCGACGUUAGCUACGAGAAGGACCGGUGAUAGUUUAUCUGGGCUUUGCUCUCUCUCCUCUUUUUUUCUUCUUCUUCCUGUUUUCACUUUUGAUACUGAUUUCUAAGUACAAAUUCUUGUUUAUUCGAAACGUCGGGGCUGUACAUUGUGAGUAAUCUUUGUAGUGGUGGGUAGGGUGCUUCUUGGUACUACAGAAACCGUGUUCAUACACCAUAUGAGACGCAUCCAUUA